AUGGCUACUCGAAGCAGCAGCGUGACGGCUUUUCUGAAGGCACUGAUAAGACUCUUCUUUGAUGUAGCCUUCUUCUGGCACACGCGGUUAUGGACCUGGUGGACUCGUCCCAGCCAGAAAGACAUUCAACUGGAGUGUCUGAACACUGCUCGCUACUACGAAGAGUGGGAGGCCGCAGCUUUCGCUUUGGAUGAGCUCUACGGCAAUGACCUCUGGCGCCAGAAUCCCUCUUCGAAACACUAUGAUUAUCGUCUCAUUCAUUCAAGACUCCAGUAUAUCCUAGAAGCUCGCGAAGAUGAAGACAUUCUUGGUCUAGUCAAUCUCUUACGUUCCGGGCUGGUCCGCAACCUAGGAAAUAUCACAGCACCGCGUCUCUUCAAUCGAGCUUAUGCUGGCACUAAGCUUUUGGUCGAAGACUACAUUACUCAGGUCGCACUCGCUGUUGAGUAUGUCACGACUUAUCCUACGUCGCCGGUGGAUGAUACAAGUUUGACCAACCAAGCCAAGCUCGAUCUUCUUCACGACACUCGACAGGCGUUUGGACGCAGCGUGCUUGUCCUCCAGGGAGGAUCAAUCUUCGGACUCUGUCAUAUUGGUGUCAUAAAAGCGUUGCAUCUACGAGGUCUACUGCCGCGAAUUGUAUCUGGAACAACGACUGGUGCACUGAUGGCUGCUCUUGUGGGCGUACAUAAUGAAGACGAGCUGCUCAAGUUCUUGAGUGGGGAGGGCAUUGACCUCACUGCCUUUGCUACCCGUUCGACCCAGCUGGCUAAGAACGGUAAUGGCAGUGGGAUACAACACGGCUUUUUCUCAACAUGGUUCAGACGUUUCAAGCGGUUCGUCACCGAGGGCUAUCUUUUGGACGCCUCAGUGCUGGAGGAAUGCGUUCGAGCCAAUGUCGGUGACCUGACCUUCAUGGAAGCAUAUCAACGAACCAAGCGCGUGUUGAACAUCACUGUGGCACCAAUGGGUAACGGCAUGCCUAAUCUGCUCAACUAUUUGACGGCUCCGAACGUGCUCAUCUGGUCAGCAGCCUUGGCCUCCAACGCUUCAGAUGUCCUUUACUCUCCUGUGGCUAUGAAAUGCAAAGACGAAUCAGGUAAUAUCGUUCCUUGGGCAUCCACCCAUCCUACGAAUCUACGCCCUACGACACCUCUCGGCUAUGCCUCGGAGCGCGACUCACCGCUCGCCCGCAUCGCCGAGCUCUUUAACGUGAAUCACUUCAUUGUCUCCCAGGCUCGCCCUUACAUCGCGCCGUUCCUUCGCAGUGACCUGCACAGUCCUAAACCUGGUUACAAGGGAAGAUCAUCCCUCACGACUAGUCUAAUGAAAGUCAUGGUCAUGGAGGUCCAGCAUCGACUGCACCAGUUGGACUCCUUGGGAUAUCUACCAGUACAGAUCCGCCGUUUUCUGCUGGAUGAGAACAUCCCUGGUGCUUCUUUGACUCUGGUUCCAGAAGUCAACUUCACCGACUUCUUGAAAUUACUCGAGAAUCCGACUCGGCAGAGUGUGGAGUACUGGAUACUGAAGGGAGAAAAGAUGGUCUGGCCAGCUGUGGAUGCUUUAAAAGUUAGAUGUGCAGUCGAAGUGGAGUUGGAUCGAGGCUACCAGAUUGUAAGAAGGAGGAAACCUUUUGAUGCCAGUCCUUUGGCAUCAGCACAUGGCUCUGUGAGGCUGGACAAAAGAGGCAUCAAAAAGAGAAGUUCGAGCUCUGCACUCGAGUAA